AUGAUAACAGAAGCAUCACAUCACUUAUUUAAUGCCACAAAAAGAAGAUUCUUUUACAGAGAAGUGAAGAUUAUUAUACCAGCCAGCUGGAAAUCAUACUUUUUGCAGAAGCCGAGGCAUGAAGCAUAUCAGAUGGCAAGCAUAAUAGUCAACAAACCAAAUGCAUAUUGUGGAAAUGAUCCUUACACAUUACAUUAUGGAGGAUGUGGAAAAGAAGGACGAUACAUACAUUUUACUCCUGACUUCUUAAUUGAUGAUAAUCUUCUUUUGGUUUAUGGUCUCCGUGAGAAGGUAUUUGUCCAUGAAUGGGCUCACUUCCGAUGGGGAGUAUUUGAUGAAUACAGCUAUGAAGAACCAUUUUAUGUUUCAGUUAAUGGCAAAAUGAAAGCUACAAGGUAA